AUGCUCCUCUCCGCCGCAACCUCACAAAGCAGCGGUGGCGUCGUCGCCGCCUGGACCGCGAGCGGGAGUGGAGUGGGAGAAGAAUCCAUUUGCCGCGUGACUACGCACGAGACGGCGACCGCCGCGCGCCUGUCGAGCUCCGGCGAGGCCAUCGUGAGCUGCGGCGUCGACGUCGCGCUCUGUGCGACGAGGGACGCCACCGUGGCGCUACGAUUGGGGAAUAAUGAAGAGGGCGCGCCGCGCGGGCUUCUACAAUGUUGCGACUUCGACCAGUCAUCUCGAUUAGUCUGCGUCGGCGGCGAGGGCGGCUUACUGGACGUCUGGGACUGUAAAAGGAGACGAAUCGUACGAACUUUAGAAGAUCACGGCUCAUCUAUAACAGCAUGCAGGUUCGACUCCACCUCAACCUGCGUCGCGUCCGGCAACGCCCAAGGCGAGGUUUUAAUACAUAAGGUCCGCUCCAGGCAGCUCCUCGCGUUACUAGCUGAAAGCAGCCAACCACCCAUUACAACUCUGGAGUACUCGCCGCUGCGGCCCCACCAUUUGGGCGCGCUCCAUGGAGACGGCUCAUUGCGAUUAUGGGACGUCGACCGGUCGCAGAAGCUCGCGAAGCUCGGGGGCGGGCGCGCGACGACGGAUCUGUUGGGACUGGCCUUCAGUCCCGUAAACGCCAAAUUUCUGGCCGCGGCGCGCGCGGACGGCGCCGUGGCCUUCUGGGACGCCGAUAGAGGCGUGUGCGUGAAGGCGUUGGAUGUCGGUGGGCGGUGUACUUCUUUAGCCUUCGCAACGGAGCGCGUCGUGGUGGUUGGGGCGGACGACGGGCGGCUCGUGGCCUACGACCUGCGGUCGACGGCGGCGCCCGUGUCGCAUGUCGACGCGCACGACGGCGCCGUGCGGUCGCUGCAGUUCGUCGAUGCCGCGCCGCCGCGGCCGCGCAUCGCGGCGUCGCCGCAGCGCGCGGCGACGCCGCCGCGCCAGGCGACGCCGCCGCGUCAGGCGACGCCGCCGCGCGUGGCCACGCCGCCGCGCCAGGCGACGCCCAAGGCGACGCCGCCGCGGUCGCCCGUCGCCUCGCCGCGCCGCGUAGUUGCGCCGCCGCCGCUGCCCGCGGUCGAGCCCGAGGCGCCGCCGCCGCCGCCGUCGCCGGCGCGCCUCUACCGCGAGAAGCAGCAGAAAUCGCCGGAUAAGGCGCCCGUGGCCGUCUCGCCCGCGCCGGCGCCGCCCGCGUUCUACGAGGCCCUGGACGACGUCGCGGACGAGCUCCGGGCGUCGAUCCAGAACCUCCACGUCGACGUCCUGCGCCAGUUCCAGAUCCAGAAGUCCGAGGUGGCGGCGCUGCUCGAGGCGCACGAAGCGCGGAUCGCGGAGCUGCUGCGCGAGAACGCUGGCUUGCGGCGGGAGAACGAGGAGCUGCGGCUGCCUUGGUAGUCUGGGGUAAUGGUGGA